AUGAGGGCUAUUCAAGCCUGUUGGAUGGUGUUCUCCCUGUUGCUUCGGCUCGCAAUUUCAUCCAAGACGUGCUACACACCGGCCGGCGAAGAUACGAAUGGCCCUUACUCGACCCCCCAGAACAGCACCUAUCAACCAUGCAACCCGACAGACGGCACGGUGUCAAUGUGCUGCGCCAGCUGGGACACAUGUAUGCCCAACGGUCUUUGCUGGAACGAGGCGUACCACAUCUGGUGGCGUGAAAGCUGUACUGAUCCAGAUUUUACCGAUCCCAAUUGCGUGAAGCUGUUCACCAACAUAACUGGAGACACGACAGUAUCGAAUUGUACCGACGGUAGUUGGUGUGUCGGCACAAAAGGUGGCUGCUGUUCGGAUCAUACAGGAGUCUUUCUUGCAGCAAACAACGACACCUUACCUGUAACCUCCACUGCCGCCAUCUCGGCCAGUCCCACUCCCACCGUUUCUGCGAGCAGCACGAGUUCGUUAUUGAUAACAACAACUAUCGCUUCCUCAAGUACCACACCCUCGUCCAUCGCAUCUGAAGGUUCACAUUCUCUUUCCGCUGGCGCCAAGGCAGGUGUAGGCAUUGCUACAGCUGUAGCUGUCUCGAUGCUGCUUGGGCUGCUCUAUUUGUUUGUUCGUCGGCGUCAGAACAAACGUAAACAACUCCGAACCGGUUCUGACAAUCUGCUUCCAGCAGAGUCCAAGCCCGAUAGAGCAGAAAUCUUCUCCACUCCGGUGUUUGAGAAGGACGGCUCUCGUUUGAAAACGAGAGCGCCGGCGGAGAUGGAAGGAUGA